ACUAUUCCCUUUAAUAAAAAUGUAAAUAAUCAAUCUUACAAAAAUAGCUGUAUAGUGUUUAUUUAUUCAAAUAGUUUUUAGGACAAGUUUGAAAGUUAAUGUUGUUGUUGAAAGUUAACUACGCUUAUCCUGAUGCUAAAGCAAGUGGAUUUUCCUAAUCCUUUAAUUUGAUUAUUCCCUAAACGUUUCACCUCCACAUUCAGCCCACAUUUUUCUCACGUCUGGCAGUGCAUCAUGACUUUUAACUACUGACAGCAGACCAGUUUGCAAAAUGGCUUUACUUUUGGCCCUUUUAUGCCUCACAAGUGUUGUAAAUGUGACAGAACAAAAGAUAAAUUCAGAAAAUAUCACAAGGAUUUUAGACAGACUCCUCGAGGGCUAUGAUAAUCGACUACGACCAGGUUCUGGAGUCUCUGUUACUGAGGUAAAAACAGACAUAUUUGUCACAAGUUUUGGACCAGUUUCUGACGUUAAGAUGGAGUUUACUAUGGAUAUGUUUUUUCGUCAAAUGUGGGUUGAUGAGAGGUUAGCGUUUGAGGGUCCCAUUGAAAUCUUGCCUUUGAACAACCGCAUGGUCGACAAGAUCUGGACACCUGACACGUUCUUUCGUAAUUCAAAGCGGUCUCUUUCACACAACAUGACCUCUCCCAACAAGCUGUUUCGCAUUAUGCAAAAUGGCACGGUCUUUUACACCAUGAGGCUAACUGUGAGUUCAGAUUGUCCGAUGCAGCUGAGGGACUUUCCUAUGGAUGGGCAUGCAUGUGCACUUCUGUUUGGAAGCUAUGCUUAUACAAAUCGUGAAAUUGUCUACACAUGGAGGAAAGGUCUUGAAGGGUCUAUAGAUGUGCCACCUGAGUCUUCAAGCUUACUCCAGUAUGAUCUUGUACGGCAUACCUUGUCCAGUAAAACAUACAGGUUCAGCACAGGUCUAUAUUCAGUCCAGGUUGUCCAUUUCUAUCUUCAGCGAAAGCUCGGCUACCAUCUAAUCCAGACAUACAUCCCACUGAUUAUGGUGGUCGCUCUCUCCCAAGUCUCUUUCUGGAUCAACAAGGAGUCUGUUCCUGCUCGUACAGUGGCUGGUAUCACCGCCGUGCUCACCAUGACCACCCUAAGCAUCAGUGCCCGUUCCUCACUGCCCAAGGUCUCGUACGCCACUGCCAUGGACUGGUUCAUCGCCGUCUGCUUUGCCUUCGUGGCUUCGGCCCUCGUCGAGUUUGCGGCCGUGAACUACUUCGCCACGCUGGAGGCCAACAAGGAAAAGCGCAGAUUCUCCAGGGGCUCCAUUCUGGAGUCUGUAGCCCAGGGCAGCGAUGAUGAACCCGAGUCGCCUCAGUCUGAAAACAGCGGCACUAGUCGUAAGAGACGGCAAACCUCUUUGUCUGAAGCGCCCAGGACUCGCUACCCCAUCUUUCUUCAGGGCUCAGCCGUCCCACCCAACAUGAUGCUGGCAGGCACCAGUGCCAUAGACACAUACGCCCGCAUCCUUUUCCCUCUGGCCUUUGGGAUAUUUAACCUUGUCUAUUGGUAUAUCUACCUCACCAAGGACACCAUGGAAGAAGCCAGGGAGAUCGAGUGAAUUUCUCUCGUGAAGACAUAUUCAGCAUCGAGAUCAUGUACACGGCUACAGAGGACUUGGUGUGCUCUCCUUGGACCUCUCUCUCUCCCUCUCGGUCCCUGUCUUUCACUUUCGUCAUCUAGCAACUUCAGCAAGCUUGUCUGCCAGUAUUGUUUUUAUCUCCUAUAUGUACUUUCCACUUCAUUUGCCUUUACAUUCACAGCUGUAAGCCACGUCAUUAUGCCAACCCGGGUGCAUCUAUGGGUAGCACACUAAGGAGUUGAUGACAUAAUCUGCAGCUCGAACUGGUGAUGCAACAUUGAACCAAUGCUUUUAGUGGGCUGCCCUCUACAGAGACACGCUUCGCACUGCACUAGAUCAAAAGCGGUGGGGUUUAUACUGACAGCUUCAAAGAUUUCACGUUCAGAGGAAAGGAGAAGUGUAUGCACAGAACUGAACUUUGACAAACAUCGCUCCUAGCCAAUCCAACGCAUGCAUAGUGGCUGAAACGGAGGGAUAAAUUGUAUGUAAGAGUGGGGGUGUACUGUAGGUUUAUUUAAUUUGUUGUCUCUGUGGAUCCUGUUUCAGCAGAGAGAAUGUUGUACUGUGUGCGUUGUGUUUUAACUCUGCUGCUAUCACGAAUUUAAGAAAUUCAUAAAACAAUUAUGCUCAUUUAAAACACAUUUGGAGGAGGCAUUGGUACUGAAGAACAAACAUGUGGGCAAUGAUGUAUAAUUUCCUAACAUAUAUUGGCAUAAUAUAUGAAUAAUUUUAAAUGAGUUGACACUAACAUUUUAUAGCAGACAUUUAACAUUUCUUUCUGUAGCACAGUACACUUUUCAAAAAGUACGCCUUUUUAAAGGUUGCACAUUUGUAGCUCAAAGAUACAUUGCUGUACUUAAAUAGUACACAUAAGGACCUUUUAAAAGGCUACUGUCCCAGUGAGUUAUUACCUGACAGAGCAUUGUGUUAGCAACACAAAUUUUGGGGGUUAAAAUCCCAGGCAACAAGCAUUCUGAUAAAUAUGUAUAGCUUGAAUGCAUGCAAGUCAUUUUCUUUAUAGGCGUCUGCCGAAUGCUAAAAACAAAAAUCUAAACCCUUACUGUCUUUUGAUUAUUGAUGAUGACUCAUCUUGACUGAAGGGUAUAUCCAAAUUUUUGUCCAAAUAAACUCCUUCUAGCCAACACAUUAGAUGAAUAGGCGGAGAGAAGGCGGUCUUUUGUGGCAUAUUUGACCACAUGAGCCACAAAAGCAGUCUGGUAUUCUGUCGACCCCAACCCCUAAACUUAACCCCUUCCCUAACCAAACACCCAGGGCCCUAUUUUAACGAUCUAAGCGCAUUGUCUAAAGCGCAUGUCGGUGGCUGCUCUUCCGAGGGGCGCAAAUUAAAAAUAAGUGUUCGGAGUGUCAUUUUAUGUUGCUUGUGUUUUCAAAAUAUGUGUUUGUUGCGUCAUGUGAACCAUGUGCAUCACGUGUUUUGUCAAAAUAAGUGUCUGCUGCACACGCAUCAAAACCGUUUAUGAUAAAAGAGACGCUCACGUUCACAAAAUACACGCAAGACACUCCCUUAACAGUAAACUCUGAUUACGCAUGAGAUUAUGCGAGUAUCUGGCAAACGCGAGCGUCUCUUUUAUCAUUUUGAUAUUUGAUAUUUUGACAAGAUGCACAUAGGAUCACUCGACGCACAUAACACAUAUUUUGAAAUUAUGAAUCACGCACAUGAUGGACUACAUACAUGUUGUGACAAACUUUGCAUC